AUGGUUGUUAAGGAGUGUCGUACCGCCAUGCUUGUUAAUGAUAUGGAUAUUUCUUGUCUUAUGGUUCAUUCUCAACAAAUUGAAGAAGAGAAACUUAAGGAAAGGUCUAGGGAGAUAAAGAGGGCUAAGACCGAUGAUGACAAUUCCUCACGUUCAAGGUCCGAUGGACAUGGUCCUUCUAGGUUCCAACAAAGGUAUGGUAAGAUGGACCACAAGAUAAGAGAUUGUCCUUCAGUUGCUAAAAAUGAAGGAGAUAAUAGCCGAAGGGCUAAACCUAAUCCUUCAUCCGGUCCAAGUGGUUUGGGUUCAAAUGCUCCCAAGCAAAACCGAUUUUAUGCACUUCAGACUCGCCAUGAGCAAGAGGGUUCUGCCGAUGUGGUUACCGUAUGUUGA